AUGUUAAGAAGUUUGUUCCUUCGUAUUGUUGAUGUAGUAAAAGAUCAUGACUAUUACUUCCAACAACAAAGUGAUGGACUUGGUAGAAUGAGAUUAUCACCGUUACAGAAAGUAACAGCUAUUUUUUGCAUGUUAGCAUACGGUCUACCAGCUGAUGCUACGGACGAAUACAUUAAAAUAAGUGAGUCAACAGUGAUUGGAAGUAUGACAAAAUUUUGUCGUGCUAUGGUGGAGAUAUUCGCAGAGCGGUAUCUACGAACACCUAACGCUAAUAAUAUUGCUAGGCUACUCUAUAUUGGUAAAAAACGUGGUUUUCUAGGAAUGUUAGGAAGUCUUGAUUGUAUGCAUUGGAAAUGGAAAAAUUAUCCAACGGCAUGGUCUGGGCAAUACGCAAGACGUAAUGGGUCACCAACUAUUAUCCUUGAAGCUGUAGCAGCUUAUGAUCUUUGGAUAUGUCACGCAUAUUUUGGUAUGCCAGGCACCAAUAAUGAUAUCAAUGUACUGGAGUCAUCUAAUCUUUUCUCUUAUCUAGCUCAAGGAUCAGCACGUUUUUGGAAAAAACAUGCAUUACAUGACAUAAUGACUGCUUGCAUUAUUAUGCACAAUAUGAUAAUCGAGGAUAAACGUGAUCUUUGUGCACCAAUUCAAGAAGUGAGGGAAGCACCAACACCAGAAGUUGAUACUGUAGCAGAUAAAACUACAAGAUUUAAUCAAUUUAUUGCACGUUACAGACAAAUCAAGGAUAAAGAUGCCCAUAUUUCGCUUCGUAAUGCAUUGAUAGAUCGUCUAUGGGAGGAAUACACUAAUUCAGAGAGCUAA